AAAUAACAUUAUAUUAUUGUGCAACAUUAUAUUUAUUCUUAAAGAAAACUGUCUUGUAUAUAAAAAAUAUGAGUGCUGACGAGAGACUUGUUACUGAAGUGCCCAGUAGCUUAAAGCAAUUGGCACGCCUUGUUGUGCGUGGAUUUUAUACAAUAGAGGAUGCCUUAAUUGUGGACAUGCUUGUUAGAAAUCCAUGUAUGAAAGAAGAUGAUAUCUGUGAGUUGUUGAAGUUUGAACGAAAAAUGUUAAGAGCCAGAAUAACAACAUUACGAAAUGAUAAGUUCAUUCAAGUGAGAUUGAAAAUGGAAACAGGCUCAGAUGGCAAAGCACAAAAAGUCAAUUAUUACUUUAUUAAUUAUAAAACAUUUGUAAAUGUAGUUAAAUACAAACUUGAUUUAAUGAGAAAGAGAAUGGAAACUGAGGAGAGAGAUGCAACCAGCAGAGCUAGUUUUAAAUGUCUAAGUUGUUUAAAAACAUUUACUGAUCUUGAGGCGGAUCAACUUUUUGAUCCUAGAACGGAUGAAUUUAGGUGUACAUAUUGUCACGAAUUAGUAGAAGAAGAUCAAUCUGCUCUCCCAAAGAUAGAUUCUAGAUUAUUAUUAGCAAAAUUCAAUGAACAGAUGGAACCUUUGUAUAUAUUACUAAGAGAAGUUGAAGGAAUUAAAUUGGCACCUGAAAUAUUGGAACCAGAGCCUGUUGAUAUUAAUGUUAUUCGGGGCAUCGACACAAAAAAACCAAGUAAUCUCAGAGCACCUAACGAACAAUGGUCUGGUGAAGCUACAAGAACGUCAGGCUUUUUGGUGGAAGACACUAGAGUCGAUGUUACUAUUGGAGACGAGUCUUCUGAGGAUAACGCAAAUCACAGAAAGGAGAGACCCAUAUGGAUGAUGGAAAGCACAAUUAUUAAUUCUGACGGUUUACAGCCUGACGGUGUGAAUACACAAGAGAACAUUUUGGACAAAGCCGCUGCAACUGCCACAAAUACAACCACAACGAACAACAAGCAGGGUGAGGAUAUUAUGUCGGUGCUGCUAGCUCACGAAAAGAAAGGCGGCACCAAUUCCACCACGUCUAUCAAAGCGGCGCUUCCACAAGAAUCCAGCGAUAGCAGCGAUAACGAGGAAGACGCGGAAAUGCAAAUCAUCGAUGCCGGUGAAGUAGAUGCAAUGGAUUCUGAAGACGACGAACUCACACCGACUGUCAGCGUCGGCGGCAAAACUGUUGUCAUCACCGACGUUAACGACACCCUGAUCGCGGAGAUGACGCCUCUAGAGAAGGAAGCUUACAUUCAAACGUACCAGGAAUAUUAUUCACAUAUGUACGAUUAAACAACAACGUGCCGUCUUCGCAGUCCUCUGCACAAGACUGAUGUCAAUGUGGUAUUUCCUUUGGUUUUCUGUAAUAUUUUUUUGCGUAAGAAAAUAUAUAAUUUUCUUCAUAAUAAUCUUUUUAAUAACUUGGUUAUUCUCUUGCUUGCGUAUUCUUUUUAUUGAAAAAUAGAGCAUGUGUUCAUCACGCAUGCAUAUUCACAUCUUGAAGAAUUGUGACUGGUGAUAUUUAAAAAGAAAAAAGACAAAGGUGCAUUUUUAUAGUUCCAUAUAUAUUUUCUAAUAUAUAUAAUUGCAACUGAACAAUAUCGUCACUCAACAGUUCUUAAGAGAUAAACAAAGAAUUCAACGCAGAGAAUACGAUAAAAUAUAAUAAAUUAAAAUAAA